AUGUCAGCGGGUUGGGAAGAUCGAUGCUCUGUGUUCACCUGGUGGAUUUGUCUGCCCAUUUUGCAGCUGAGCUCUGGUGGGAAGACCUUGGCUAUGCUGUGUGGAAGGAACAGUACAGACACUGAGGAGGCUCCGGGCAACAAGACAUACAUCUCCAUCGACAACCACCUCGUGGAAGUGUUUCGGUCUGACUACUCCAAUGAGAAACCAUUCACAGGCUUUGAGGCCUUUUACGUUGCUGAAGAUAUCGAUGAGUGCAAACAGCUGUUGGAUAGCAAACCCUUCUGUAGUCAUCACUGUCACAACUACAUGGGGGGCUACUAUUGCAGCUGCAGGGUUGGCUACACCCUGCACGAAAACAAGAGGACGUGCACAGGUGAGCCCUUGCUAGAUCAGGAGAUACUUCCCUACCUACAACAUCCACUUAAAUCCAGUCCUGACAAUAAUAUCAAGCCCCACAGCUGCAUCAGUGGUGCUUUCCCAGUGUCCUUCCCUGUCCCUCGCCUGAAGCAGGAGUACUGGAUAGUGCUGGUGCCCUAG